AAACGAAGGUUAAAAUUGUAAAAUCCGAAGCAGCUUGCCUUGAAUUAUCGUGAUCAUACGAACAAUCAUCCAUUACAAUGCCACCACCAAGAGGAUCCCAGAAUUUUCUAGAAGGACCAGGCGACUACGAUGUCACCAGCAUCGUCCACAAUGAUACAUAUCCCGCCAUUGAUCCCACGAAAGCCGACCUCUCGGGAAAGUCAGUCUUUGUAACAGGUGCAUCCAAAGGUCUCGGUCGAGCUAUGGUGCUCUCUUUUGCAAAGGCGGGCGCCUCUUUCAUCGCCGCCGGUGCGCGUUCAGACAUGUCGCAGUUGGCCAAAGACGUCGAGAUUGCGGCAUCAUCUGCCAACAGACCUAUGCCUACAUUUCUGCCUGUCAAGCUGGACGUGACAGACAGGAAGAGUGUAGAGAAUGCUGCAGCCCAAGUGGACAACGCAUUCGAAAAGCUGGACAUCGUCAUCAACAACGCCGGUGUUCUGGGCAACCUGGGCAUGAUCACCGACUCUAACCCAGACGAAUGGUGGGAGGUGUUGGAUGUCAACAUCCGCGGUCCAUACUUGGUUUCUCGCUCAUUCCUGCCGUUACUUCUCAAAGGCAACGAUAAAUAUCUCAUCAACGUUGCCAGUGUGGGCGCGCUUGUGGUCAAUCCUGGCCUGAGUUCAUACCCAGUGUCCAAAGCUGGUUUGUUGAAAUUCACACAACUCACAGAUGUCGAGUAUUCGAAUCAAGGGGUUAUCUCGUUUGCCAUCCACCCAGGCAACUGUCCAACAGAUAUCAUGGGAGGACCUGAAGGGGUGCCGGAUAAUAUGAAGCAUAUCUUUGUGGAUACACCUGAUGUCAGCGCCGAUACACUUGUCUUUCUGACCUCUCAGAAACGAGCGUGGCUGGGAGGAAGAUAUAUCAACUGCACGUGGGAUAUGCCGGAGCUGAUGGCCAAGGAGGAGGAAAUUAUCAAGGAGGAUAAGCUUAAGGUUAAAUUUGCAUUCUAACGUAACAUCAUAAUGGAAUAUCGCGAAUCAUUCAUAUACUCCGUGU